AUUCAUGACGUGACAUGGUGGAUUGUAUGAUCUAAAAAAGAUGUUAAUUUAUCAGAGAAAGCGUUUUAAUAAAAUUAGAUAAUGAUUCGUUUAUAAUUUUGGUGCUCUAAAAAUCUGCUCAUUAUUAAUUAAUUAGAACGUGAAGAAUAUAUUGUUUAAAUCAAUGUGAAUAGUUGAAAAUGUGAUUAUUUUCAUUCUUUUGACAGCUGGUUAACAAAAAAUGCGGUAAAAAAAGAAAAAAAUUUGAAUUCUAAAAGGAUUCGAGUAUCCAAGAGAAGUGAGCAAAAAAGAAAAUGAUGAUGCAUUCCUAAACGAGAAACAUCUACGACUAAAAAAAAAAAAAAAAACAACAAAACAAAUAUGUUCGAAUCACCAAGGAGCUUGCAGGAAGUCUGCAUGGACUUUAUCUGCGACAAUAUCCUUGCGUUGUGUGAUGUUCAUCCUGGUGAAACUGGUGGUCGACCCAACAGUUGUUCAUCUAACUCUUCCAAUGAACCUUCUGCAGGAUUUUUACCGGCAAAUACUUCAAACAACAAUGUAACCUCAGGUCUAUCGACGAGACUCAGUUUCAGAGAUCCCGAUACAUUCUUACCAGAAGAAAUUUCCGAACAAUUAUUAUAUAGUCUUUGUGAGCGUAAAGUUUUAUCAGAUUUAACAAUAACUUUAUUUGAUGCAAAAACAACGAGGCUUAGGCACGUUAAAUUGAAAAAUGCCUCAAAUCUUUCUGUGAAAGGUUUAAAAAUUUUACGUGAACAUAAAGUUAUAGAUUUAGAAGUUAAAGGUUUAAAAAUUGCUAUCAAUGAUCUUAUAGCUUGUUUAGGUACAUGGAGUUUACAAAAUCUUAGAUCAUUAAGUGUCGCCAAGGGGAGUUUUAUGGAUUGUUCAAGAUAUUGUGUUCUUGUGGCAUUGAGUAAUUUAAGAGCACUACAAACAUUAAAUGUAUCAGGAACAGAAUUUAAUAGACAUGGAUUGGAUAUUGUUGUUGAGGAUUUACCACUAUUAGAGAGUUUGGAUAUUUCUUGUACUCAAGUAGAUGAUAUAACGCCAUUAAGAAAAUGUAAAGAUCGUUUAAAAACAUUAAUAAUGUACAAUGUAAAAAUAAGUACGUGUGGACAUGUAGUUUCAGUUUUACUUAUUUUAAAUGAAUUGAGAAAUUUAGAUAUAUCGGAUGAUCGUGAUUCUUAUGUUUUUGAAAUGUUUGCACCAGUGAGAUCAAAAAUUACCGAUUUUCUCAAAGCUGUCCAUUGUAUGCCUCAUCUUGUUAGUUUAGAUAUAUCAGGAAAAGACGAAAUUGAACCAAAGGACCUGAAAAAAUUUAUUCGUGCUCAUCCAAAAUUAAAAUUCCUGGGACUUGUGCAUUCAGACGCAUGCUAUGAAGAGAGUUUAAUAAAUCCUUUUAAUAAAAAUUAUAAUUCUGAUUUAGUGGUAAGUGGAACAGCGACGGAAUCACAAAUUCUCGAAUCACUUAGAAGGUAUUCGUGUAGGCCAAUUUAUGUUCAAAAAUGUCUUUACAAUUUAUUUCGUUUAACAUCAAGUUCCGAUGAAGUGAGAGUUGAUAUGAUUAAAUUAGUUAUUCCUGGUAUGAAAGCACAUCCACAGGAAUUUCGAAUACAAAUAGCCGGCACUGCUUGUCUUUAUAAUCUUACAAAAGGUGAAUUGGCAAAUAAAAUUCAUCCCUCAGUGCUGAAACAAGUCGUCGACGUAACAUUAACGGCAAUGGAAUCUUAUCCGAAUCAUUAUCAAAUGCAAAAGAAUACAAUUCUCACACUUUGUAGUGAUAGAAUUUUACAGGACGUUGGUUUCGACAAAUACAGAUGUGCAAGAUUAGUAAUGAAUAAUUUAUCGGCGUUCAAUGAUUCAUCGAUGAAUCGAAUGUCGGUGGCGAUUUGUUCAAUAUUGGCGGCGAAAAUUUCGACAGUUGAAACAUCAAUGUUGGGAGCACAACCUCAAUAUAUGUCGAAAUUAUUAACAAUGGUUAGAUCAAAAGUUGAAACAACAUGUGUGGAUAUAACAAUGAAAUUUACAUUGUCCGCACUUUGGAAUUUAACCGAUGAAAGUGCCACAACAUGCAAAGUGUUCUUACAAGAAGGAGGAAUGAAACUCUUUCUCGAAGUGCUCGAUACAUUUCAAGGCGAGUCAAGUGUCGAAACAAAAGUCUUGGGCCUGCUUAAUAAUAUUGCCGAGGUUGUACCCUUGAGAUAUCAAUUGAUGCAGCCAAGAUUUAUAUCAAUGCUUUCAUCUCUCUUGGAUUCGGAGCAUAUUGAUGUGUCUUAUUUUGCGGCAGGUAUUGCUGCACAUCUUCUUAGUGAUAGUCCGGAAUCAUGGUCGAAUUCGUUGCUUCGACCAAAGAGAAUUCGUUUAUCAGAACAAUUGGCACGCGCUGUCACCAAUUGGAAAACACCACAAAGUGAAAUGGUUGCUUAUAGAAGUUUUCAUCCUUUUUUUCCACUACUUGAAUGUGAAGAAGUUUAUGCAGUACAAUUGUGGGCCGUUUGGGCUAUUCAUCAUGUCUGCACCAAGAAUCCGAAGCGAUAUUGCGAGAUGUUGAUCCGCGAUGGAGGUGUAAAGAUUUUGGAAACUUUGGAGAAGGAAAGACCUAAUUUGGAAACACAGCCGGACGUUCGUACAUUGUGUCAAUCAAUUUUGGUAACACUUGCACAACAUUCGUGCUAACAAAAAAAAAUAAUUCCGAAUGAACGGAAAGUACACUAUUGGUACGCUAGUCAAUUUUAUUCAUGUGAGAAUUUCUCCCUGCAUCUAGAAUUUUAUUUUUGAGUUAAAAUAGCGACGAAAAAAAAAAAAUUAUGCUCGAUAAAAUUUUAGCUUUUGCGUGAAUUUUCUUUUUUUUGAAAAAAAAACACAUUCUAGGUGUGGGUUGAAUUCCAUGUGUUCUUAAUAUUUUGUUCCGUGUCAAACAUGUCGCCAGAUAUAUAAAUUAUUCAGUAUAAAAAAAAAAAAUCUAAAAACUAUUUAGUAAAAUAUCCUCGAAAAAGCAAAUUUUUUUUUUGCUUUUAUGAGUUUUCACACAUAUACACACAAAAUGAUAUUAUAAUUAACGAUUCGGCCAGCGAUCGUUUAUCUAGGUUUUAGUUAUUAAAAAAUAAUUCCCAGAAUCUCAAUUAAUUUUGAUUGUAUAAUGAGAUUUUAUGUAAAUUCAAUGUUUUUAGGGUAUUUUACUAGCGACAUUGACUGUCAAAAAAAGAGAGAAUACUAGAAAACUAGAGAUUCAAAACAAUGUCCCGGUAUUUUUUUUUUAAUUUUAUUAAUUAAUGUUUUAAAAACAUUGCAAGUUUUAGAAAUUACAAAGUUUAAAUGGAAGUUUUUAAUUCUUUUUUAUGUUUUAAUCAAUUUUCGUUUUAUUAGAGAUUAAUCUCAUAUAAACGUUUACGAAUUUUUUAAUUUUCUUUUAAGAAUUAAAAAGGAUAAUUAAAUUUUCUUUAUAGAAAGAAUAAACAAUUGGUACAAAAAUAUUUUUAAUUUUGAAAAUUAUAUAAAAAUAAUUAUUUAAUUUUCAUUUUAAAUAAAAAAAUAUUUUAUAAUGAUUUUGAAAAUCUAUGAUUUCUAAAACGAAUUUUUUCGACAAAAUUUGUUACUGGUGAAAGUUACCUUAUAAAGCAUAAUUUUUUAAUUUAUUCAAUCCUAUAGAAGUGAUUUAACAGAGACCGGUUAAUAUUUUAUGAAUAACCACUAAUGAGAUCAGAAACUGCUAAAUAUGAAUUAAAAAUGAAAAGAUUCAUUUCGAAUUAAACUUAACUUCCUGUAAAAGUUCAAAAUGUUCAAUUAAUAUUAUUACUAUUAUUAAUAACUAGUUAUUAAUAAUAAUAUUAUUACUAUUACUAUUAUUACUAUUAUUAUUAUUAUUAUUAUUAUUAUUAUUAUUAUUAUUAUUAUUAACGUAGAUUUUGAAAAAAGUUCUCGUAAUUUUUGAUGUUGUUUUAGAAUUAGAGCAUAUAAUUAGCCAAGAUUUUACAAUAUUGAUUUUCUUUUUUCUUUCCGAAAGCUGGUGUCAAUUGAGUUUAUUCAUUUCCUAAAAACUGGUGUUAAUGUUUUAAUUUUUAUUUUAAAGCGUUUCAAUUUCCCAUCAACGUGGAUCAAUAUUGUCUAACGCUUCAGAGUUAAUGAAAGUUUAUAUAAAAAAUAGAAAAAACAAAAAAAGAAAAUGAAAACAA